AUGGCUCAGUUCCUGCGAGGUAAACAAGCUGGUAUUCAGAAGGACUUGUCUGAAGGAUUGUCCCCAGACUUGUUCGUUCUCGAUGAUUUCGCGAGAUGUGGCAUUAACUCGCAAAUUAGCGCGCUCGCAUACGAUCCUGUUCAGUCACUGCUUGCGGUUGGAACAAGUGAUACUCAGUUCGGGAGCGGUCAAAUCUAUGUCUUCGGCCAGCGACGGGUGUCGGUUGUCUUCACAUUUCCACGGAAAGCCUCUGCAAAAUUCAUCCAGUUCUGCGGCGAUAAAUUGAUAAGCGUCGACUCCAAGAAUGAAAUCAGUAUAUAUUCUCUCGAGACGAAACAGACCCUGGUCACCUACGCUCCUCCGAGUCACGUCACAGCGCUGUUGACAGACCCCAGCCUGGAUUAUGCAUUCAUUGGUCUCCAGAGUGGCGACAUCAUCGCUUAUGACCUUGAUCGCGAGACUCUUACGCCGUUCAGGGUCCCCAACCUUUGGGCGCAGCACAACCCGCGGGCUCGGCUUUGUCCUGUUAUCGCUUUAUCCUUUUCGCCUCGUGACAUUGGCAAGAUACUUGUGGGAUAUCCGGAAGGGGCUGUGACAUUUACAUUCAAGCAGAACACACCACAGAAAUAUUUUGAAUACGAAGUGCCCCCAGGUGCGUUGGGUGGAAACUCCGAGGUGCCUCACCGAGAACCGCGAAGGCCUAAAUUGACCAAAGCCCUGUGGCAUCCCAAUGGAACUUUCGUGUUGACUGUCCAUGAUGAUAAUAGUCUGGUACUCUGGGAUUCGAAAGACGGCCGCAAGAUUGCAGCGAGGACAAUGCAAGAUCUGAAUAUCGACCAACCCGGAACCGAAUUAGGCAGGCCGCCAUCAGUGAGUGGCAUUGCUGCGCUCAAAGAACCCAUCACGCAUAUUGCAUGGUGUGUCAAACAGAAUGGGGACGACAGCGGCCUAUUAAUUGCUGGCGGUCGUCUACCAUCUGACCCCAAGGGUUUUACCUUCAUGGAUUUGGGCUCGACGCCCAACUACCAAACGUCCACUUGGCAGAUGCUUGAGAACUACUUUGAGAACCCAAAGGCACAAAUCAAUAUACCCACACCUCCUGGUGCGCAGAUUCUUGAUUUUUGUCUCAUUCCACGCGCCUCACCAUACUAUGCUGGUGGCCAUGAUCCCAUCGCCGUGAUUGGGCUACUGUCCUCGGGAGAACUAAUAACCAUGAGCUUCCCCAGUGGCCACCCAAUUACGCCAACGAAUAUGAUUCACCCCUUCCUCUCGUUUGUCCAUCCGUUUGUGAACAAAAUCACGUUAACAACGGUGGACCGUUCGGCCUGGUUGGGCUUGAAGGAGAAGAGGUCACAGGGUCCCAAAUUUUUACUUGGUGGCGCCGAAGGAAAGAAGCCGCUCAAACGCUUUGAAGACCGUAAUAUCAUCACGACAGCUCAUGCAGAUGGGACUAUUCGUCUCUGGGAUACUGGUAACGAUGAUGAGAUUGAGAAUGGAGAAGUAAUCCAAGUUGACCUGGCUCGUGCGGUGGGCCGUAUGGGCAAUGUCGAGGUUACGGAAAUGUCCAUGGCCCCAACGACUGGCGAACUUUCGGUUGGUCUUAAGACCGGAGAGGUGGUGGUCUUCAGAUGGGGAAAUAAUGCGAAAUAUGGCGUGGAAGAACCUUCUGGCACCAAUGCUGGACCGGGAAAAAUAACCAAAAUAAAUCACAGAACUGACCCAGGACUGAGGACGGGUCUCCUUCCACUUGGUCUUCUGGAGAUGCAGGGUCCGGUGUCCGCUUUGAAGCACAGCCACGUAGGAUUUGUUGCUGCCGGAUUCGAAGGUGGUAGUCUGGCAAUCAUGGACUUGCGUGGCCCAGCACUUAUUCAUACAGCGCAUCUAUCAGAGCUCCUCAAGCCAAACAAGAGAGGUAGCUUGUUUAAAUCUCGUUCGCCCGAGGAGUCCCCCCCAGAAUGGCCCACGAGCAUCGAGUUUGGCGUGAUGACAUUAGAUGGAGAAGACUAUUCAAGCAUCUGUUGCUUCGUUGGUACCAAUAGAGGAAACCUAGCAACAUUCAAAGUUCUACCUGGAAACGAUGGAGUCUACACAGCGCAGUUUGCCGGUUCAACAUUGCUCGACGAUAAGGUCAUCAAGAUCAUUCCUAUCGAUGCGGAAGUCGGCAGUCUUGCUCUAGCUACUCCAAAUGCAGUUGGGGGCCUACGUCAUGGAGCAACUAUUAACGGUGCUGUGGUUGGUGUGACGGCUUCGGGUUGUAGGGUAUUCAAGCCUGCAACGUCCAAAGGAGCCCAUAAGUCUUGGGAUGACUACUUGUGUGACUCUGCGGCAGUCGUAAAGACUGAAGGCCGGGGUUAUAGUCUUGUUGGGCUUUUCGGAGACGGCAACGCUCGGGCAUUCUCUCUUCCGGCCCUCAAGGAAAUUGGCUGCAGCAGUGUUGGCCAUAUUAUUGAUAUGAGGCGUCUGUCGGAGUCUGUCAUUGCUCCUAACGGAAACGUCCUGGUUUGGACCACUCCUUCUGAAGUGGGAUUAUUCAACGUUUGGGGCUCUGGGUCUGGAUUAAAACUUUCUGAGGACCAGCUUUUUAACCCACAGGCAAUUUCUCCCCCGCGACCUACCAUUACAAAUGUCCAGUGGAUUUCUGGUACCCAAUACAUCUCUCCAGCUGAUAUGGAUAUCCUGAUCGGAGGCCCUGAGCGACCACCAUCGAAGCGGAUGCAAGAGCAGAUGAAACUCGAUGAACAGGAGCGACGCAGGGCUGCCAGAGAGGGACGAGCUAUGUCCAACCAGGAACCGCAAGGAAGCCAAGAAGGCUACAUGUCCUAUAUGCAGCGUCAAGUUAACGAGCGUACGGAUCGAAUCGGCAAUUUCAGUGACAGUAUGGAUCGGCUGGAGGAGAACAGCAAUGGCUGGGCUCGCGAUGUCAACAAAUACGUCCAGAAUCAAAAGAAAAAAGCUCUUUUUGGAGGUAAGACUUUUUACAGAUCCGUACUCGUGCUCUACUGA